GGUUAGGCUGAGCAUCGGUCAGCGGGUGACCAUGGUUUCGGCAGCUUUCUAUUUCCUGGCAUUUUUGGGCUUAGUCAUCAGCCCACAGAAAGUCGGGGAUGAAUUGGAUGAAGCUACAAAUGAGCGCAUGCGGCGGUAUGCGGAGGAGAUGCAAGAACGCAUGGCGCAGCUCCUGUUGGAAAUUGAGGCGCUAGAGAAGCAGCAGAGCUCGAUGCAUAUGGGAGCCCUGCUCUUAUCUGCCACACAGUACUGGCAGUUCUGGGCCGGUGUUGUUGUUGCUCUCCUGUUUAUUUGGAACGUGUGGCUGCUCCUUAGAGAUAUCCCAGAACAUGGCAGUGAGGAGGAGAGCUCCAGCAGUGAAGAGGAGGAAGUGAGAGUACCACCACCCCCCAAUGAUGCAAGAGAUCUGCCCAGAUUUAUAGCUGAGCGUGUCUACUGGCCAUUCCCGGAUCCGACCGUCAGAUGCGCACUGGUGGAGGAGAUUGUGGGAGACCUCCUGCAUAUCUUUGACUCAGUCGUCCUAAGUAGUUUCUUCCCGAAUCUGCAGCGAGCCAUCGGAGUGGGCGGUGCCUUUGAAGGUUGGAAUCCCCACAUGAAGGAUCCUGUCUACCGCCUACUUGUGCCCAUGACAGCACCCCGUGGGCACUCCUUCCACCUGGAGCUGGGCAAUGAAGAGGAUCUGCUGGCGAGGAAGUCCUCUAUCCGUGUGGAGCUGGAGUGCACGUGCGAGAGGGAGCAGGACUUUGGGGACAUGCUGUGCUUCCUCCACCAUUCUGAGGAGGAGCUGAAAAAGCAGGAGCCGAGCCUCCUAAGCACCCUCUGCACCGACUCCUACCUCGAUGCAGAGAAGACUGCAAGGUGGUUCCAGAACUUUGUGAAAUCAGCCUGGGUGCUUAUGCCUCAGUCACAGGUUUACAAUGUAGAAGUGCUGCCUUCCACCCGCACGUGCAAGUUCCAGCUGACAGGUGCUGCCAGGAGAAGACUCACAAUUGAAAUAGUAUUUGGGGUGCAGCAAGAGGAUUCCGAUAUCUUCCUGAGCAGCCAGAUGAGAAAGGACACCUCCAUCCCCAGCACAACAUGGCCACAGAGCUGUUCAGUUGCAGAAAGGAAGUUCUUCCAGCAUGUGGCCAGAGAAGGCAUGUUCAACAGCAUACACCUCAAGUGCAUGCAGGUCUGUGCCCAUUUGGUGGAGGGCACAGUCUUUCCCACCUAUGUCAUCAAGACUAUUGUCAUGCACCUCCUGACCAACAUCCCCAUGGCAAUGUGGCACAAGACGGAUUUUCUGCUUCGGAUGGAUAAUAUAAUGCGGUGCCUGCGUGGCUGUGUGAGGGAGAAGCGCCUCGACCACUUCUUCUUUGGCAAUGAGAUGGUGCCCGAUGUGAUUGUCCUGCCACCAUCCUUCCAAAAUUCUGAGCCAAUCAACCUCUUCGAGCAUCUGAAGCGGAACCAAUAUGCCAGAGCUGAUGCACUGCAGAAGUUCGAGGUGGUGCGAGAGCGGCUCAGAAGACUGAUAACCUACGGACAUGAAAGAAAACAUCGUGCACGGCGAAGGCGCCGUGCUGAUCGCCAGUGAUGAACUGCUAGCAUGCUGUGGAGAGACGGACCUCAUGCAGCUCCAGAGGCUUGACACCAACCACUCCUGAUACCACCUGGGCUUGGAUCCUCCUUAUUUUGGGACAGUGGGAGCUUCCCCUUGUCUGCUUAACAUACUGAAGACAGCAAAGUGGUUCCAGGAACUGGUGACAGAAGCCUGGGUGGCUGCGCCUCAGUCAUCCUAACUCCAGCUAACGGUGCUGCCCUCCACCCGCUUCUGCAAGCUCACGCUCCAUCGAGAUGAUGCUUGGGGUACAGCAAGACAACUCAGACCCCUUCAUGAGCUUCGAGUAGGCAGAGCGCGUUGUUAGCAGCAGCAUGAAGUGGCCACAGAGCUGCGCUGUGCCAGACAUGCAGUUCUUCAGGACACACGUAGGCAUGGUCGGCACAACACCUUCCACGUCGGACAUCUGCAGCUCCGUGACUGUAUCCUCUUAGGCGCCAACUUUGCCACCCAUGCCUUGAAGACAGCUGUCACGCACCUCCUGACCACCAUCCCCUUGGGAAGCAUGCACAGGAGGGAUUUCCAGCCCCAAAGCCAGCAAUGAUUGUGGCAGCUAUGAAGAUGCCUGACGGACAUCCUGCUUGCCACAUGCCUCGGAGCUGAGCAUGCUGGACAUGGAGAAGAUGCUGCUCAGUUGGCAGUGGGAAUUGCUCCUCCGUGUUCUCUCCACAGCAAAACCACCCUUGCGGGAGGCUGAAAGCAGAGGCUUUGUUACCAGCUGGACAGCGACUACCCAGCCUCUCGGGAAGCGUUCAUUCACCACCGAAGCUUUGACCUCUGCAAAAAUACCAAUACAUUGCUUAUUUGAACAA